AUGAAGGCACCGCUAGGCAGAGCAGUAAAGGCGGCCGCGGCCGCUGCUCUAUGUCUUGUCGCACUGUCGCUGCCUGCCGCCGCCGACUUCGGCAUCUACUACAACAUCGACCACUUUUCCGCCUACGCCGACUCCAAGGGCGGCUUCCCCAGCCAGACGUUUCGCUCGUCCGACAUCGUCGCGCCGGUCCUGCAGGUCAACUCGUGGGACCGCGCGCGGGCCAGCGAUGGCGGCGCUCGCUACCUGUUCCUCGGCGGCGUGUACGGCGCGAUGCGCGCGGGGCCCAUGAUCUUCGACUCGCGGGACCUGUCCCUCGUGUACGCCGACCAGCAGUACGACAACGCCUACACGUCGAGCGCCUUUGUCGUCAACGGGUCCCGCUACCUCGCGUUCUGGGAGGGCAUGCGGUCGCGGGGCCACGCAAACGGCUACUGCCUCGUCUUCGACGAAGAGUAUCGUCUCCGGCACAAUGUCACGGCCAAGGGGCUGAGGGAUGGCUCGCUGGCGGAUAUGCACGAGGUGGUGCUGACGCCGCAGAUGAGCGUCAUCUUCUCGACGUACUUCAACAGGCCGUUUGACUGCAGCCCCGUCGGCGGGCCGGAGGACGGGCUGCUCAUGGACAGCGGCUUCCAGGAGGUGGACGCCGAGACGAACGAGGUGCUCUUCGAGUGGCAUGCGUCGAGCCACUUUGACAUUAGCGAGUCGUACGCGCCGUACAGUGAGGCGUACGGGGUCGCGCAGGAUUCGGGGUAUGAUUUCUUCCACAUCAACUCCAUCGAAAAGACUACCGACGGCAACUACCUGAUAUCCGCACGCCACCUCUCGGUCCUCACCCUCAUCGACGGCCGCACAGGCAAGCCCAUCUGGAUCCUCGGCGGGAAGCGAAACCAGUUCCAAGACCUCAGCGACGGCUCGGCCACCAACUUCGGAUGGCAGCACGACGCGCGCUUCCUCGGCGGCAACCAGACCCAAAUCACCAUGUUCGACAACCACGGCGAGGUGACGGGGCGUUGCGGCGGCGCGGUCUGCCACUCGCGCGGGUUACAUCUCGAGAUUGACGCCGAGGCCAUGACGGCGCGCGUCGUGCGCGAGUACUUCCACCCGCAGGGCGUCAACUCGGGCGCCAUGGGCGGCAUGCAGACGCUCGAGAGCGGCAACGUCAUCAUCGGAUGGGGCUAUAACCCGGGCUUUGUCGAGUACACGGGCGACGGAAACCCCGUCAUGGAUAUCCAGCGCGGCAAGAUUGGCGUCGACCCCCUCGCCGACAUGUUUGCGUACCGCGUCGGCAAGCACCCCUGGCGCGGGAAGCCGACCUGGCCACCGAGUGCGGCGGUGGAGGCGCCCAACCGAACCACCCUCAAUGCCACCGUCUAUGUCUCGUGGAACGGAGCCACGGACGUCUCCUCCUGGGCGGUUCUCUCACACGACGACGCCACGCGCAUCAACAAUCCGCAGAACCUCAUCGCCACGUCGCCCCGCCUCGGCUUCGAGACUGCAAUCUUCCUGGGCGCCAACCAUAGCAACCGAUAUGUCGCAGCGGCAGCGCUGGCCACCGACGGGUCCGUCAUGGGGUCGACGUACGUCAUGGACAUGGAGACGGGCAAACCCGUCAUGGUGGCCAGCGGCAUCACGACCGUACACCCCUGGUCACUCGCCGAGGCCUUGCGCCCAGAAUCGUACGAGACGGCUGCCGUGGCCAUGGCCUGUGUUGUCAUCGUUCUUUUGGGCGCGGCGCUCAUCUUGAACCGCUGUAGCAGAUGGCUGUCCGCGCGGAGGAGGGCCGUCAAGGGACGGGUUGACAGGGCGGCAUACACCAAGCUAGGUAUGGAAGACUAG